UUGAAAGACGUGAUUCUGUUAUAUAGUGGGUUGUCUGACAAUAAAUGGAAGUGUUGACUGCCAAAAUUGCGAAACUGGCGAUAUGAUUUCCUUUCAUAAUCUUCAACCGGAAGCUACCUUUUCAGAAAGUAGAACAGGCUUCUCAAUUUUGGAACAGUUAAAAGUCACUCAUCAACUGAAAUCUAAAUAUUUAUACAACAAAUGGCUAAAUGUACCCAAGUUUGAAAACUUGUUAUGUAGAUGAAAGAAGUGUCAACUUUUUUGAGCUUCGUUAGGCUUAUUAUAGUGGUUAUUGGAUUAAAAUUUAGUCGCUUUUGUUCUCAAUACUUCUGUGAGUUGAAUAUUUCCAUUUUCCUUUCCAUAAAACGGUAGCACGUUUUCGAAAGAGACAAAUCACGAACUGUCAGAAUAAGAUUUUACUUGGCAGAGAUAACUAAUUUUAAUCUCUAAAGUAAGGGGUUGAAUCCGCGGUUAGGUAAACGCCAGUGCAAAGUCACAGUCACCUUCCAUGGCGAACGUUGCGUUACAAAAAAUAAAAAACGAAAGCUGUUUGAACAAUGGUUAGACCAAUUAAAAUAGCUUGGAUAAACUUGAUGCAUGCUGUGAAAUUGACCCUCAACUCACCUACAACAUUUGCGCUUAAAAACCCGAAAGUAAGGGAGAAAAUCGCGAAGUUUUCGGAGCAGACUUUUACAUGUCCGGGUCCUCAAAUUUUAAAAUCGAACACUGCAGUCAUGGUUGAAGUCACGUGCAGGUAACGUAAGUGAAAAGUCGGCCUGGGAAUUGCGUUACAAAAAAGUUUCAACCGACCAAUCACAGAAAAGCAAGAUGCGUGACAUGUAGAAUGACCUUUGCUCGUAGCUCGUAGUUGAAUCACAUGACAAGUCAUGUGCUUGCCUUGUGUACUUUAUUCUUGCGUCAGACGAAGUUCCUGUUUUGCGCCGAAACCGGUAAUCAACGCCAUACUCCUCUCAUGUAGAUGCUUUGUAGACCGUAAUUUCGCUUGGAAUACAUCCCGGUUUGCCCUUCAUUCUAUGGUUAAAAGAGAGAAUGACUAUAUCCAAAAGGGACCGUGAGACCGUGAAGGUUCUCGUGAAUAACCCUAAACUUCAUAUUUGCUCCCGUAGCAAGUUUGUUGACUAUGAGAUUAAAAUAGAGACUAACAACAAAGCCUUCUUCAGCAAAUGCUCUUGUGUUAGAAGAAGAUAUUCUGAUUUUUGUUGGCUUAGAGCAAAGCUUUCCAGCACAGAUAUCAGUGGAUUAGGAGGGGAAACUAGUAUUCCAACUCUACCUCCUAAGAGUUAUUUUAGCAGAUUUGAUAAAGAUGUGAUUGAUUCUAGGCAAGAAGGGCUUCAACAUUUCCUAAGCGAAAUUUUCAAGGUAAAUAAUUAUCUUUCAUUUACUGGUCUUCACUUAUUCCUACAAACACAGCUUCCAAUACAAGAAAUUGAAGGCUUUCUUGAAGGAAAAUAUGGAGAGAAUGCUUCUGCUGAAGACUUAAUAAACCCUCCAACUCUUUCUAACUCAAGUAAAGAUGACAAAACAUCAUAUUCAUGCUUAAAUGAAGACUGUAUAUUGUUGACAUCCUCCAACUUGGAUAUUCCUUCAACAGACAAUGCUUCAACUCAUUCAGGGUCAUGUGAAGUCAAUUCUGACAACUGUCUAUCUGAUAGCUAUAGCACUUCUUUAGAGUAUCUGUCAAGCUCUGCAGAAAACAGCUCUUUCAUGUACACAAUGUACAGAUAACUCAAAAACAAGAGUUACUUCUGCCACUCUAGAGACACUCUGAUGCUCUUUAGACAAGGAAUUUGACAUUGAAAUUUUACUCUCAGCUCUUUUUUUCUUUAAUUAAUUAGCUAAGAUUAUUUGAGGUUGUGUGGUUUGUUUGACUAAAAUCAAAGUUUAAAGCACAUUUGAUGAAGAAGGAAAGGGUAUUUAAAUUUUUCAAAAGAGAAACUCACAUCAAUAUUUCAUCAUUAUACUUUGUAUAAUUUAUUGUUAUUGUAACAACUUAUUAACAUUUCCUGUAUAAAGAUGUCUAUCUAGAGAAAUUAGUUUAUUUUUGAAUAUUUUUUAUAGUUAUACAUGACAAUUUCUUUUCUUAUAGAGUAAUGCUGGUGAAAAAUACCCAAUGAAAUGUUAUUUACUUUGAAAGAGCUAUUAGUAGUGUUCUGAUGGAAAUGUUUCUGUAUAUGUUCUGUGGGAAUGGGCUUUUAUGUGUAAAUGCACAGGGAAUAUUUAAAAUGUACAGUUUCCAAGCUAGGAAGAACUGCAGUUGACAAUUUGAAAUUAAAUGUACAGUCUUUCUCUGAAUUAUCUUAUAUUCACAGUGAGUUGUAGGCAAGUCUUGUUAGUGCAUGGGACUGUUCCAAGCUAAUGCAAACCUUAUGCAUUCUUUCAUUUUUCCAGCUAAGUGCAGGUCAUUGCAUUAUUUUUAGUUCUGAAAUUAAUUCUUAAACUGGGACAUGGAGGAAGUAACACAAGACCUCUUUGUUACAUUUGAAAAGAAAGACAAUGCUUCUGUUAAGAAUAAAAUUUUAAAAAAGAUGUGUA